AUGUCGCUGAUAAACAGUCAUUCUUCCACUGCCAUGGAAUGCUCAGCGUUUAAUUUGCACCGAGCGUUCAGUUCCAGUGUUGAAAAUGUGGGUAAUAUGACUCCUAGCAACUCUUCGCCGCUGCACCAUUCCACGAUGGUUACCAUGAACAAGUCCCAGAAUAUUGACGGUAAUAGCAGCAACAACAACAAUAGUAGUAUUACUAGUAGUAAUAAUAACGGUGGUAGUGUUGGUAGCAACAUCAACAGUGGCGGCGGUGGUAGUGGUGGAGCUGCUAGUGCCAAUAAUGUUGUUCCGGCAAAGAGUGCUAACAAUAAUCAUUCGCCUCUUCACAUUGCAACGAUGUUAAACACCUUGUCGCUCAAUUCGAAUCCGCCUUCUCAACACCAGUCCGCUGUCCAGGGUCCUUAUUUGGUACGUCUACAGAAUGUACCUAAAGAUACGACUUUGCGGGAAUGCCACGCUUUGUUUGCCUUGGCGCAUGGUGUCAUUUCUAUAGAGUUAUCGAGCUUUCAGCAGUACGCAGAGAGAUCGCAGACCUCCGGUCAGGAAUCUACCAAUUAUAUUGUCGCUAAGUUUGAUUCAUUAUAUUUGGCAUGUCAAUAUGCGAUGAUACUAGAUGAGAAAUCUCAGAUAUUUGGUCCAAGUUUCCCAUUUAAGACUUACGUGGAAGUUGUUGAUGAGUUAACCCAGCAACAGAUGCCUUUCCAUACGCAGAUGCAAUUGCAUCAGGGUUCGCCACCUGCGCCGUCUCAAGUCACCCCAUAUCAGCAGCCUUUGUUGUCGGCCUCAGGAGUGGUGAGUCCACCGCAGUCUGCUUCCAGCGUCAAGAGGCCAAGCUUAUUGGUCCAGCGUUCUAGGUUUUCAUUUACAGAUCCGUUUUCUGGUGACCAGUUGAACCAACCUUCUCAGCAACCGGAUAGCAUCACUACUCCACUGAAAGGUCAUCAGGAUACCGGCAAGUCAUUUUUGCUAAUGGAAAGCGACGAGAUUAAUGACAGCAUAUGGGGUAAUGGAACUGGUAUUCCUUCCAGCAUUAGCGGGUUAACAAAUUCGCAGCCACCAACGCCACAUCUGGAAUGGGGGACCACUGGAAGACGCCAAAGCUCCAGUUUUUACCCGUCUCAACCCAACACAGAGAUACCACCUAUACAUUUAACAGGUCAAGUGCAAUCGUCAUCUCAAUUAGCAACUGGUUUGCAACAACCGCUACCACAACCACAACCACAGCGCCAGUCUUUGUCAUAUAAUUUGGUAACGCCACUAUCGUCUGAUAUGAAUUUGUCAACUCAAGCAGUACAAGGAGGCGUUCUACCGCAUCAACCUCCAACACAGCAGCAACAACAACAACAGCAGCAGCAGCAGCAGCAGCAGCAGCAACAACAACAGCAACAACAACAACAACAACAACAGCAGCAGCAGCAGCAGCCACAAUCACAACAGCAUCAGCAGCAGCAGCAACAGCAGCAACAGCAGUCAUCUCAGCAAUCUGUAGUAUCGCAACCUCAGUCUCAAUCAACUACUUCCAGCCAACAAAAGCUGGUUAACAGAAAUAGCAUGUCGAAGACUUUACAAGGAAACGGCCCUAGGAAUGCUGCUGCUGCUUUACAGAAUACUAAUGGUAUAUCCCAAGUUGAUUUGUCAUUAUUGGCUAAAGUUCCGCCUCCUGCGAAUCCUGCAGACCAAAAUCCACCUUGUAAUACUCUCUACGUUGGAAACUUACCUCCUGACGCAACUGAACAAGAACUACGCCAGUUGUUUUCAAGCCAAAAAGGCUUUAGAAGGCUAUCAUUUAGGAAUAAAAACAACAACGGGAAUGGACAUGGUCCAAUGUGUUUUGUUGAAUUCGAAGAUGUCGCACAUGCUACUAGGGCGUUGGCCGAAUUAUAUGGUAGUCAGUUAUCCCGUACCAACGGUUCUCACAACAGCAAGGGCGGUAUCAGAUUGAGUUUCUCAAAAAAUCCAUUGGGUGUCAGAGGUCCUAACAGCAGGCGCGGUGGGAACGUCAAUAGCAAUGGUGGCACGGGGACAACGAAUUAUUCCUAUGCAGCUGCUUUCAGCAAAUCUUGA